CUUUGACAGUCGUCCGCAAAGCCGCUGACAAGCCGAUAACGAGCACCGGCACCUGUAUAAGCAGUCUUGGCCAUCGCAGUCUGGAGAAGAAUGAAUGAGAGGAAGACCGUCGACGAGGACACGAUCGUUGUGCAACUCUCCGAAGCUAACAAGCUACAACUCUUUGACGAAGCAUUGAGGGCUCUUUCGGUCCAGAAACAAGAAUCGGCGCUUGCCUUAGACAGACUAAGGGAUUUCAAUCCGAAUAUCGGCAAAUGUGUACACGAGAAGGAGGACGCGGUGUCCAAGGCACCCUUCCGAUUACUGUUCCAACGGGAUGCACGAAUCAUCGCUGAUCGAAGCGCCAAAGUAUCGAGCUAUCUAGUGGUAAGCUACAGCUGGCACAACGAGUUUUGGAGUCCAGGAAACCCGGAACAGCAUAAGCCUUGGCCGUUCUGUGAAGCUAUUGCCGACACCAUUCUAGGUCUGCGAGAGUCAGUCGAUGAGGGUAUAUUCGUCGACCAACCUUGUAUUGACCAGAACAAUACCGAAGAAAAGCUCUAUGCCAUUGCCUCGAUGAAUAUAAUAUAUCGAAGCGCCCGACGCAUGAUUAUACUGCUUGAGGAUGUCAUGCUAACUGCGUCCGAGGAGGUGGUGCUGGGAAAGUUUUUAGGUGCAAUGUUGGAUGGCAAUGUUGACUCGGAGAUAGAGCCAUCAGAGAUGAUCCUCCUUGCCUCUGUCUUCACACGUGUUGCAUCUUCGAGAUGGUUUUCCCGCGCUUGGUGUGGGCAUGAGAUCAAGACGUCAAAAACCUGGAGGAACACAAGUCCCCUGAAGUCAGCCACGGUCCGAAUGUACGACGAAAGCGGAAAUGUUGUCAGGGCUCCUCUUCUGUUUUUCGUGUGGCUCGGCCCUGUUGUUUACCGAGUGCUCACUCAGCAAAAGCUAUCUCCGCUGUGGGAUCCAGAAGCUCAGCAGGACGCGUACUGGAAAUUCAGUACCGCCAUAGAAUGGUCUCCAUUCCAAAGAUUACCUUCGCUAGACUCUGGAGUUUCAUAUGCCCUCCAAUAUGCACGGAUCGGCCGUCUCCAAUGCUUGAUACCGAAAGACCGCAUCAAUAUAACGCUUAAUAUUUGUGGUAUCAAUCUCUACUACGACGGCCCGGCUAGUACUGAUGAUGAAUGCUUCUUCAUAUCUUGGCUUAUCGCGCUGGCUUUCAAACAAUUAUCAGUUCUGACCUGUACGGGACCUGCGUUGAGAUUAUCAACACAGACUGCUUCGUGGGCGCGCCACCCACGUGGAGACUACAUCCUCCCUGAACUCCAUCAUCAUGCCGUAUCGCCAGAUGCAGGCAUUAGCCGCAUAUCAGAGUCUUGGAUAGAGCUAGAUAUGCUUCUGUUUCACACUACCGCAAGCUACACAGCUACGAGAUUCGAAUCGCAGGCGAGUGAUGUCAUGACAGCGACAGCAAAACUUAAAGACAGGCAUUCUAAGUAUCAUAUACAACUUGUAGCGAUAUGUAUAGAGCAGGGAGUGGACUGGAUCAUCAAGACCGGACGGGCUCUCAAAGAAACAGCAAACUCCCAAGAACACCUCGUCGAGCUUUUCUCUGCGGUAGAUGACUCGACGUCGGGACUUGCUCGUGAAUUACUGGCUCUCCAGGGUUAUGCGGAGCAGACGACCCAUAGAUAUCUUGAGGCGUUCCUUGAGCCAGUAAAAGAGUGUUUGUUUGUCCUCAUGCAUCCAGAAUUCUACCCCAUGACCGUAGAAGACCAUGCUCUUAUCCAGGUCGAUCGGUAUGGUCACCGAGCUCUCACAAAAACCGUCACAUCCACUCGAGAGCAUUGUCUUGCCAUUCCCACUGGCUUGGCGCAUUCGUCCUACGGCAUCCAUGUCCGUCGAGCUUGGGUUCUCGAACGCGUCGACCAUGCCACAGGGCAAUGGCCUGUAAACCAAAAUACCACCGCGAGCCCCCCCUGCGCAGGUCCGACAAGAGACUUGCGAGUAAAGCCAUUUGUUGCGAGCGAUCAUUUGAGGGUACUAUCUACGAGGACACAAACCAGCGCUACAGAGCCUUUGGCGUGGAGAGUCGUCGAGAAAAUCCCUCUAGUAGGCUUCGAGACCAUAAAACCGGACGGCAAGUUUGUAAGCUUGUUGCAUGCACAGAAAGUCUGGGGAAGCGAUUUCUGGUACGACAGUAGAUAUCUACCGGAGACAAUCGAUUGAUCGUUCGCUGGGACGCAGCAUGAUGUAACUUACUGUCCUAAGUGGCAAUACAAGCCCAUCUUGAA